AUGUCUGUUAUCCAAAAACACAUUACAAGAACUCAACCCGAAGAAGGAAAGUUAGAAUAUUGUUGCAAGAGUGGUAAGGUUAUGGGUUUCCUAAUGGAUGCAUCUGUUAGACGCACAUUGAUAUACAAAUUCCAGUCUGAAAUCAAAGAAUAUAAGGUUUACACCAUUCAAUCUUUUAGUGUUUCAUGUAAUGGUGGUUCUUAUAGAACUACAAAUCACACCUAUAAGAUCAACUUCCAAUUUGGAACCAAGGUCAAUAUGGUUGAAAAUGUCAUUGGAAUGUUUACUGGUGUUGGAACAGAGAGGGAGCUAGAGAAAGGUGGUAAGAAAACCAAAAUGAAUGUCAUCCUUAUUGAAGCUGAUGGUUUGCGACUGGAGUGUACUUUAUUUGGUAAAUAUGUUGAUAUGUUAAAUGCAUUUCUGGCCUCUGGAGAGGAUCAACAUGUUGUCAUUGCUUUACAUUAUUGCAAAGUGAAGACCUUCCAAGAUAAAGUUUCUAUUCAAAACUCUAUGAACUGUACCAAGAUAAUUUUUAACUGUGAUGGUGAAGAUGCAACCAAGUUGAAAAAAAUGAUGUGGGAUAGUACUGAAUCUCCUUCUCAACCUCUUACCCAACUUUGUCCUUCUUCUAAAGUUAGCUUGGAAGAUGAUUUCAUUAAGCUGCAUCCUAGGAGUUCAAUUGAAGAAAGUACUUUUGUAGUAAAGGCUACUAUCAAACAUGUGCUAGAUCAUGAUGAUUGGUGGUAUACAGCAUGUAUCUGCAACAAAGCAGUAUAUCCUGAUUCCAAAAUGUAUAAACUUAAACUUCGUGUAAUUGAUGCUACGGAUUCUACAACUUUUGUUGUAUUUAAUCGUGAUGCAAGUGCAAUGUUGAAGAAAUCAUGCUCUGAUAUUCUUGACUUACAAGACAAGGUUAAGUUUCAUAUGUUCGUGGCUGCUUCGAUCUGCGGCGGUGACUGCGGAAAUGGAGCAGGUGCAAUGGUGCGGAGCGUGAACGGAGAGCAUGGUUGUUGUGGUGGUGUAGCAAGCUUCUAUGGAGUGCGAUGCGGUGAAGAUGGAGACGGCUGCAGAGGUUGGAUGCGGCUGCCAUGGCUGGAACAAGCUUCACGCUCGCGGAGAAGAUGA